AUUGUGCUAUGGUCCAGUCCAGCUCCUAACCUGUUUAGAGCUGCUCUGCUCCUAGCCUGGGGUCGCUACAGCCCUUGUGAGGGGCAUUUGGAGGGAAUGGUUCUUCGGUGCAGAGCCAAGAACCUGGAGGGUUGAGGUUGUGGUGGAGUGGUGGGGUUAGGGGACUGGCAAAGCGGCUUCCUUUUCCUAUUUAUUUCCAGUCUCAGACCCAGAAAUCGCUUGGGUGGGGCGGUCUUGGCCAGAUUGAUCGAAGGAACUGCGGUAGUUUUCUGUUUCUUUUCCUGGAAACGGCUCCGCUUCUCGCCACUGAGCAGCCUGGCACAUUUCGCUGCCUGAGGUUAUCUGAGACUGGCGGCGGCCCGCCCCUUCCUCUACUCCUAGCCCUGUACAGGAACCUGAUCGGGACACAGGCAACAACGCUGCCUGAACUCAGACCGUUAGCCAAAGGGCAGAGACGGGCUGAGGAAUCCGGAUCAGGACCCCGAACAGCGCCCCGCCCAUGGCUGGCUCAGGGUCUCCCGGGUCGCUCCAAAGCUCCCUAAUCCCUUCUGGGGGUCUGUGCGCGCCGCUGCUGUUGGUGCUCAUGGACUGGGCGCUGCUCCGCCCGGCGCUGCCUCAGCUCCUGCUCUUCCUCCUGCCCACUGGGCCUCCGCUGCUCCGGCUCUGGGUGGUCGGCCUGGGCCGUUGGGGGACGUUGUGGCUGGGGGUGCAUUGGACCACUAACCGGGUCGGAGCUAAAAGCUGGAGGACUACGCUGGGGCCCCUGACGGCAGCGCUGGGGCUGGCGCUGCCCGGGCUCGCCUCGCUCAGGGCUCUGGGAGGGAGGCAAGCUCCGAGGGGUGCAGGCGGGGCCGGGCUGCUGCACUGGGGGAGCCGGCUCGACGCUUUCGCUCUCAGCUAUGCCGUGGCACUGCCGGCGCUUGUCCUGUGGCAGAAACUUGGAAAUCUUUGGGUGCCAGGGAGUUCCACGGGCUCGGGGUCCAUCCUGCACCGGCUGCUGGGCUUCCUGGGCCCAGAACUGCGUCGCUUCCCACUAGUGAUGUUCUUCAUCCUGUUGUCCUGUGUAGGACAGAUGGCUAUCCCAUUCUUUACUGGUCGCCUCACAGACUGGAUCCUGCAGGAUGAAGCCACGGCUAUCUUCACCCGAAACAUCACUUUCAUGUCCAUACUCAUGAUAGCCAGUGCUUUCUUAGAGUUCUCGGGUAAUGGAAUUUAUAAUUACACAAUGGGCCGAGCCCGCAGCAAUCUUCAGGAACAUGUUUUCCAGGCUGUGCUGUCCCAGGAGGCUGACUUUUUUCAACAGAACCAAACAGGUGUUAUCACCUCUCGGGUGUCAGAGGACACAGCUAUGCUGAGUGAGUCCCUGAGGGCAACGCUAAGCCUGCUUUUGUGGCACUUGUUUCAAGGACUGUGUCUGCUGGCACUUAUGUUCUGGGAGUCUCCGACCCUCACCCUCGUCACACUGAUCGCUUUACCUAUACUCUUCUUUGUGCCCAAGGAGCUGGGCAAGUGGCAACAGUCCCUGGUAGUCCAAGUACACACAUCCUUGGCAGAAUCAAGUCAAGUGGCUAUGGAGGCACUGUCCGCUAUGCCCACAGUCAGAAGCUUUGCCAAUGAGGAAGGAGAGGCACGGAAGUUUGCCCAUCAGCUCCAGAAGACACAGAAACUUAACCAGAAGUUGGCACUGACCUAUACUUUUAACAUAUGGACCACCAAUUUUUUAGGACUUCUGCUGAAGGUGGGAAUUCUGUACUUGGGAGGAAAGAUGGUCACCCAUAAGGAUAUGAAUAGAGGAGACCUUGUCACCUUUGUCCUUUACCAAAUCCAGUUUACUGCUGCUGUUGAGGUAUUUCUCACCAUCAUUCCCAGCAUACAGAAGGCUAUGGGAUCCUCAGAGAAGAUCUUUGAGUACUUAGACCGGAUACCUCAAUGCCCUUCCAGUGGUCCCUUGGCACCUCCUACUCUCCAUGGCCUUGUAGAGUUCCAAGAUGUCUUCUUUGCUUACCCCAGCCAGCCAGAUGUCUUGGUCCUACAGGGAGUGACAUUCACUCUGUACCCUGGGAAAGUGACAGCCCUAGUGGGGCCUAAUGGGGCCGGGAAGAGCUCAGUGGCUGCAUUGCUGCAGAAUCUGUAUCAGCCCACAAGGGGCCAGCUGCUGCUGGAUGGAAAGCCACUGCCCCAAUAUCAGCAUCGAUACCUGCACUCACAGGUGGCUGCAGUGUCACAAGAACCACAGCUAUUUGGUCGGAAUCUAUAUGAAAACAUAGCCUAUGGGCUGGGCUGGAAGCCAGAGCUGGAGGAGAUCAUGAAGGCUGCCAGGGAGGCUGGAGCUCACAGUUUCAUCUCUCAGUUGCCCCAGGGCUACUACACAGAGAUAGGAGAGUCUGGGAGCCAGCUGUCAGGUGGUCAGCGGCAAGCGGUGGCCCUGGCUCGAGCUCUGAUCCGGAACCCCCGGGUCCUCAUCUUAGAUGAUGCCACCAGUGCCCUGGAUACAGACAACCAGUUGUGGGUGGAGCAGCUCGUGUAUGAGGCCCCCAGGAGGGCCUCUCAGGCAGUGCUACUCAUCACCCAGCGUCUCAGCUCUGUAGAAAGGGCUGACCACAUACUCGUCCUGGAGGAGGGGAUCAUUCAGGAGAGUGGGACCCAUAGGCAGCUAAUGGAGCAAGGUGGCAGAUAUUGGACCAUGGUGGAGGCCACAGAUGGGAAUUCAGCUCCUCAGGAAUGAGCAACAUGCUCAAAUCCCCAUUAAAGUAAAACCUACAGCUCUUCUCUCAUUUCCUGAAAAUGGAAGGACAGGGGAACAAUUUUAGCCCCUUUUGCCACAUGAUAUGAUUUAACAGUUCCAGAAAAGUUUUCCAUACCACAAUUGUACUGCUAUUAAUUAUAUUCCCAUCACCAUCAUUAAUUCCUUUGGUUUAAGGUUUUCUACUACAGGCUCCUCUUUUAAAUUGAAAACAGUAUUAGAGGGGAAGGCAAAGAAGUCCUUAAUGGGAACAACUUAGUGAAAAUUCAUUCAUUCUUUCCACAAGCAUUUAUUAAGCACCAGCUAUGUACUAGCACUGUUCUAGGCACUGGAUAUAUGAAGACAGAAACAAAACAGCCCCUGUCCCCAAGGAGAUUAUCAUUUAUUACUGUCUAGUUCUAGAGCUUGUAGGGAAUAGAUAACAACAUAGUUUACAGUCAAAUUUUGUAGAGCCAGAGCUCAAGAUGUGUGAGUUGAAAGGGAACAGAAAGUAAGGGAGAAAGCUACCAGAGAGGUUGACUCUGUUGUGUCCAUAUACAAAGUGAUGAUAGGGACAUUGGAGGAUAGAUUCUCUAUUCUGCUGACACAGAAGGAUUGUGGAAAUGCUUGGCAUUGAGAAUAAAGUUGGUGUUUUCUUAA